GCAUGUCAACGUCGAGCUGCAAGAGCGCAAGAUGUAGAGAACAAGAAACAAACUUACUAAAAAUUUAACUAAAAAAAAUAUUGUAAAAAAUAUUAUAAUUUUCUACUUUAAUACUUGUUGAAAGCGCCUCAAAUACUAAACUAAAAAUUUUAAUAAAAUAAUCUACUUUGCAAUAACUGUAUACUGUUGACUUGUGUUGCAUUCUGCUGCCAUGCUAAAGGGCCAGAGCGCUGCGGUUAAUCAAUAAAAAUUAAAUUUAAUUCCGAAAAAGUGCAAAAACAAGUUGAAAAAGUACAAAGUGUAAAGAAAUUCUUUAAAUUUUGCAGCAAUUGCGUGCAAAAUAGUGAAAAUUAAUUUUAUAAAAAUUGCAAAGCGCAAAAUUUUUUGGCGCACGCCAACACACGUUCGCAUCGGAAAUGUCCAAGCAGUAGAUUUGUGUGUUUGUAUGUUUGCGGCGCAACCCUUCAGUUUAAAAAUAAACAGCAAAUAGUAUAAAUGCCGACAUGCUGUAGCGAAUUUGUAGCGUAAAGCAUUUCUUUUUUGCACAUUUUCUAGUAAAAGUGAAAUUAUUUUCCGGCGCAGCCUUGAAGCAAAACUUACGAGUUCCAAGCGCCAGCAGCGGCAAGCGCGCAUGCAAAUCAAAGUAAAUGUUCAAAUAUAGUAAAAGUAUAGCAAAAUUAGCAACUUACAAAAAAAUAUAUACAACAAACACACUGAGCGAUUCUAAAGCGAAAAAAUUGUAAAUUGAGUGCAUAUUGAGUGCGAGUUCGCAAGUUUGUAUGACGUGAAAAAUUGUAGUGGCACACAAAUAUAUGAAAAUUAAGAAUUUUUCACAGCAACAGUCGCCUGCUCAAUGUCAAAUGCAAAAAGACAACGUCAAAAGUCAAUUUGUUGCCUACAAAUAUUCGCAUGAAAGUGAAAAUUUUACAUUUUACACAUAUUUUUUUCUAAAAAAAAAUUUAAAUAAAAACAAAUAAAAUAAAAUAAAUAAAUAAUAUAUAUUUUGUAGUACAAAUACGCACGCAUAUAUAUGUGAGAAUUUUUAUAAAAAACAAAUAAAUUAAAGUGAAUAGCAGCUGUGUGCGAUAAUUUACUGCAGGCCAUAUGCACUUCAGCUUGAAUUCAUAUGGAAAAGGUUACUCAUACGUCGUGUAGGGUCUGAUGGAUAUGAGUAGCCGUAGGCGUAUGGAAAUUUUCAUCACAAAAAGUCAUUUCGCAACGGACUAACGCGGGAACUGCAACCUCCUGUAUAACUAACCAAAAAACUAUAAUUAUUCACAUACACACACUUCGUCUACAACAUAAGUAAAGCGAUAAAUACAGAAUUUUGUACGAAAAUUCCAAAACUCUUAUAAAAAACUGCAGUAAAAAAAUCAAUCAAAAACCAAAACAAAAACACACAAAAUGAACGUGCAACUAGCGCAACAAUCAGCAGCACACACCAGCAGAAAGCAUUGCAACAACAGUAGUACUAGCAUUAGUCGUAUUAGUAACAACAAUACUAACAACAACAUGAACACCACCGUCAACACACAAUCACAACAGCAACAACAACAGCCAGCCAAUAAUCGCACAAUGUCCACAGCGGCGACGUCGACGCCGACGCUGUCACAUCGAACACAAAGUCCCGCUAUAGUGCCGCCGCUGCCCACCGCCACAACAUCUGCGGCCGCCUGCACAGCGACGACAGCGCCAAUGCGCAGCGCGCGCAGUCCCUCACCAGACGGCACACAGGACUACGAUGUGACGCGCAUGCGCGAGGAGGACUUCGAACGGCUGGCCGUUUACAUAGUGCCCGAUGUGCAAUGUGAGCGUGGCAUAGCGAAUCGGGCUGAUCGCACGCUGCCACGCAGCCUAACACUGAAACCAUCGAUGGUUUUCUCAACGCCAAAUGUUAAGACUGAAGGAGUUUGGAGCACUGGUGUGAUACCGCGCGGCACACGUUUUGGUCCCUUUGAAGGCGUUCCAACUCCGAACUAUCCCAACGAUACGAAUAAGGCGCGCUAUUUUUGGCGGGUGCAGGAAACACGCCACAUAACCUACGGGAACAUUAAGAUCUUCAAAGAUGACUACUUCUACUAUCUGGACGGCUCGGAUCGUGCGCAAGCGAAUUGGAUGCGUUACGUCGCCUCCGCCUACAGUUUGUCGGUGAUGAAUUUGGUCGCCUGUCAACAUCAGGAGAACAUCUAUUUCUACACCACACGUGACAUAAUGCCCAACGAAGAGUUGAUGGUGUGGUAUUGUAAGGAUUUCGCACGACGGCUGGGCUACGAUGUCGAUCCGGAACGCACGAUUUUCGGCGCAUGCAAGCAGGCUGUGGACGAUGAUGAAGACGCGGAGGCCGAUGCCGAAGAUGAAGAUGUAACGAGUAAUGCCCCAGCAACGAGCACAUUGCUGCUGAGCCAUAAAGCGAAAUUGCGUUCGAAUUCACCGUACUGCAUGCCAGCGCCCGAGAUACCACCCGAAGUGGCAUACAAUCACAUCACCUACGUGAUGGGACUGCCAAUGCCACCAUUAACGGCGGUGGUGGCGGGCAAUGCGACCACCGUUAGUCGACGCUCCAUUACGCCCAGUCCAUCGCCACCCAGUUGUCGUGACGCCAACGCCAGUCAUAUGCCGCAGCAUUUGGUCGGACUGCCACACAUACAGCAUGCGCAGUCCACGCAGCGGCCGGGCGCACAUCAACUUUCGACACAACAACUUCCCGUCACACAGCUGCAACACCACCACCAACAAAUGCAACAGCAACAACAACAUCAGACGGUGUUGCAUCUGAAGCAGGAGCCGGGCGCGACGGUCAUUGUGCGCGAACGCUCGCCGGCGAACAGCGAGUGUGGCACGAAGGAGGCGAAGGAUGUGGCGGGUUCGCCGUUGCCACACAAAGACACACACUACGAACAUCAGCUGACGCCAAACGACGGAAGCGUACGUUCGGUGCGCUCCGAUGAGGGCUACCACAGCAACGAGUAUCACGAGGAUGGACUGACGCCACCCGAGGACUCGAGCGAUAGCGAGAGUGAGCACAACUACGUAUUGGACUGUUCGAAGAAAGCGAUUGCGCCAAAAGAGACUGUCAUCACGCAUCCGCAGAAAGCGGCCGUGGCUGCAGCUGUGGCCGCGGCAGCCGCUGCGGCAAACAGUAACAGCAACAACAAUGCGACUGUUAACAACAACUGUGCCACAGCCACGUCAGUGACACCCGCAGUGGUCUCGUCCGCUGCCGGCGCUAUGGAAUGCGUUGGUGGUGGCGAUAAGAACGAGUAUCGCAAGUUCAAGGUGAAAAUGCCGCUGAAAUAUGAAUUCAAGAAUAGCAAAUGCGCCAUUAAGACUGAGGCCAUGUGCCACCUAAAUAACACAAAUAAUAGCAAACAGAAUACCAGUGACGAACUGCCCACAGUUGGUGCCACAUCCAGCGAAGAUGAUUUGCUGGCGGCCAAUGAAGCCACACCCGCUUGUACAUCCUCAACACAGCUAGACGAUGAAGCGAUGGAUGUGGACCAUAUGCCUGGUUCAACGACGCAACAACAACACGCUUCAAGCACCGUCAUCAUGGUGGACCGUAGCCUUAAUAAUAGCAACGGUCAUGCGACACGUACCAUUGUGCCACUGAACAAGGCGUACUAUGAAGCUGAGACCACCACACCACCACCACUACCACCCACAGCUACACAAUCAGCGUCGGCGGCUGGUGUUGCCUACAUGCGCUUCACGCCACCCUCCUCCAGCAUACUCGAAACCAUAUUGACGGGUCAGCAUCGGCUGGAGGCCGCAGCCGCUGCGGCGGCAGCUUGCCGUCAAGCCAAUGCGGCCACACCGCCACCUUCAUCACCCACAGAGAUGGCUUACUCCUAUAAGAAAUCGCACCGUUAUGGCAAUGCAGUCAGUCCUGACUCGAGCUCCAACCUAGCACAGGCGCCUGAUAUGCAUGCAGCAGCGCUGCACGACACCGAAAUGCUAAUUGCAUCGUCCCGUGGCAGUCUGAAGGACGACUGUUCGCCACCGCCAGCACCGGGCCAUGAUGUGAAAUUCUCGCCAGCGCAUGUUGCGCACAGCGCCUUCGUCUCGGAUGGCCAUCAAACGCCGCCAUACUCCGCGUACUCACCUUAUUCCAGCGGUAGCGUGACUGGUGGCGCGCCAGGUGGCGGUCAUCCACUCUCACAUAUGCCCACAUCCACCUUCCACUCGCCGCCACAUAGCUCACACUCACCCUUCGAACGUCAAUGGGAUGGGUCCAGCGGCUCCACACCCAAUCUGCACCUACUGCAGUCCAGCUCACAGAUGCUAAUGAAACCUUUGCGCAUUUCACCGCCCAGCAGCCUGAGUCCCGAUGGCAAUUCGUGUCCGCGCAGCGGCAGUCCACUCAGCCCGAACUCGUUGGCUGCGCGCGGCUACCGUUCACUGCCAUAUCCGUUAAAGAAGAAAGACGGCAAAAUGCACUAUGAAUGCAAUGUGUGUUGUAAGACCUUCGGCCAGUUGAGCAAUCUCAAAGUGCAUCUGCGCACACAUUCCGGCGAGCGGCCGUUCAAAUGCAAUGUCUGCACGAAGAGUUUCACACAGCUCGCGCAUUUGCAGAAGCAUCAUUUGGUGCAUACCGGUGAAAAGCCACAUCAGUGCGACAUCUGCAAAAAGCGUUUCUCGUCGACAUCGAACUUGAAGACCCACCUGCGCUUGCACAGCGGUCAAAAGCCGUACGCUUGCGAUCUGUGCCCACAAAAGUUCACACAGUUCGUGCAUCUAAAGCUCCACAAGCGCCUGCACACCAACGAUCGGCCCUACGUCUGCCAGGGAUGCGACAAGAAAUACAUAAGCGCAUCCGGCCUACGCACUCACUGGAAGACAACGAGCUGUAAACCCAACGAUCUGGAGGAGGAGCUGGCCAUGGCCGCGGCGGCAACCUCAGAGUGUUUAGAUAAAUACGUGCCUGAGCCCGACUCGCGCGAGGCCUUCGAGCAUAUGCAACAACAAAUGCAUCCACAUCUGCGUCACCUGCCACCCAGCAGCGGCGGCGCGAGCAGCCACACCAACGGUGCCGUUCGUCCGACAUCGCCACGUCUGAUUUCCAUCAAUCCGCUACAUCAACAACAAACACAACAACAGCAAACGCACGCGCAUCUACAGCAGCAGCACGCCGCCAUGCUGCAACAGCACGCGGCAGCGGCGGCUGCCCAACAUUUAUCCGGCGCCGCGACGAAUCCCAACGCCUCCGCCAGCAUGUUGCUUGGCUCAACCGCGCAACAACAACAACACCACCACAGCUUACAACAGCAGCAGCAACAACACAUGCAACAACAACAACAACAGCUGCUGCAGCAGCAACAGCAGCAAGCACAUCCACUGAAAGCCAGCCUCAAACAGCAAAUGCAUUUACUACCACCGGGCGCCGCCAACAGCAGUGGCGCUGGCGCGGUCAACUCCCCACCCGGUGUUGCGCCCAACGACGCCUACAUGAGCGUCUCGCACGCGCACGCUGCAGCAGCAGCAGCACAUGCCGCGGCCGCAGCCGCAGCGGCGGCGGCUCACGCAGCGGCAGCUCAUCAGCAUGCGCAGAAUCAGGAGUCGCGUCCGUCGGUGAUCGAAUCCAGUCAGCCGAUGAUCAUCGAGUGCACGUAGAGCGCGGUUGGCGGCCACUGAAGUGCUAGCAAAAACAAAAACAGUAACUAAAAUCAAGGUGAAAAGUUGCGGUUGAGGUGCGCGGGCGAACACGUGACGGUUUGCAUAGCAGUUGAGUUGAGCGCUCAAUUGCAUUGAGUGUAAAUGGUAUUAUCACUCAUUGAUUUUACCCAAAAGCGCUGACGUAGCUGUGGCAGCUCUGAGCUGGAAUGUCUCACAAAACCAAGAAACAAACAACAGUGCAAUAUGAAAAUGUGAAAGCUCACUUCGUGGCGCUUUUGUUAAAUGGCGCGCUUUCAUUUUCGAUUUGUCGGAGAUGAGCGCUUUUACACGUAACACAGCUGAGCUAAGAUGAAAAACUAAAACUUUAAUGGUAUUAUUAAUUUAAUAGUCGACAACGUCAUUUUAAUUAAUUAGUGAUUUUAUUGAUUGGUCUAUGUAGCUAUAAAUAAUUACAAGCAAUUAGUUAAAAUAUACAUUUAAUCAUAAAAAAAUUAUUUAACUCAAGUUCAAAGUCACUCGCUUCACACAGUUUCGAGUGCAUUUUAGAGUUCGAGUUGUAGUUGAAAUAAAAAAAUUUUCAUUUCUUGAAAAGAUCUCAAAAUUGGCAGCCAAUUACUUUGCACAAAAUAUUUUUUAUUAAAAAACAAGAUGAAACAAAAUUCAAAAAUAUUCAAAACUUCUUUAUGUGAACCGAAAGUGGUGUAUAUAAGUAACCGCGAGUUUUAUACGUGGCAAAUUAUGCAUCUUCAUAGUUUUUAAAUAUCAAAAUAACAGCAAAAGAAGUAACAAAUCUACAUAGUAUAUUUUCUAAAUUUAAACUUUUGGCUAAGCUCUAUUGCAAAUUGCAUUUAUAAUCAGCAUUGUACUAAAAUAAUAUUAACUGAACAAAUUUAAAUAAGUAUGCUAGCGAAAGCGGAGAACUGUUGGAGAAAACAAGUUGCCUUAUUUUGAUUUAGAACUGCGUGUUUUGCGGUAUCAUGCUGAACUUCGACAAACUUUGUGUUAGUAAAUUGAUAAGUGCGGAUAUUACAACAAAAUUGAGUUGUUUUAAAAAAUUAGUGAAAGCUUCAAGGAUUUAAUGCGUGCGUGUAAGCUCUACUGACAUGAAUGAAAGCAUUUUGAGCUGAACUAAAAUUAUUUGGGGUUUGCUGAUAACAUUUCGAUUUGGAGGAAAAGUUUAUAUGAAAGCUCUAUAGGUUUUGUGAAGGCUCACUAAGA